UACCUUUCCGGACAUAUCCCAAAAGCACCCCAUAUAUGUAUGGAUGUUGCCUUCUAUCCGUCGGAGUAUGAACGAUUCGCACUAUACCCUCCCGAUGUAUUCCAGGAAUACAUACAGAUGCUUGGUAUAGAUGCUGGCGAGCAUCUGAUCCUCUACGCUCGAGGUAUGUUCGGUGGAAUGCUCCAUGCUUCGAAAUUUGCGUGGCUUUUUAAGGUCCUUUUCUUUUGCACUGUUGCCGCCGGAGCUCCUCCAGGUCAGUGUGCACUGUUACCUUCUGGAUUAGUAAGACUUGCUUUUACUUCAUCGGUUGGUGGCUUAGGUGUGACUGGCACACAUAUCCCUGGCUUCAAGUGCGUGCCGGCAGGAGAGCUGGUAGAGGAAGGUCGCAUGAGAAGCAAUGAAGAUAUUCGUACCUGUGGGUUGCUUGAAUACACAUUCUUAAGUAGCUUAGGUUGUUAA